GGAGGGAGAGAACUCAGAGAAGAAUCCGCUCUCUCUCGCUCUCUCUCGCUCUCUCUCGCUGUCUCUUUCCUUUUUCUCUCUCUGUUUCGAUGGCAUUUACACUGUCUGCUGCAACUUUUACAUGUUUCUCUCAGCAGCUGCAAUUCCCUUCACUUGUUCCAUCGUUGAAGUCAUAUCCUCUUCUCUUUUCUUUCUUCUCCACUUCGUCUUCUUCUUCAACUCGAAGGAAACGCAUCAAGUGUGCGGUCAGUGUUCGUGCUUCUGCGACUGCAGCUGUAGAAUCCGGAAAUGGCGCUGUUCUUACGGAGGAGAAGCGUGACACCUCUUCCUACGGUCGACUGUUCUUCCCAUUGGCUGCUGUUGUUGGCCAGGAUGCAAUUAAAACUGCUCUUCUGCUUGGGGCUAUUGAUCGUGAGAUUGGAGGGAUUGCUAUCUCAGGAAGGAGAGGAACAGCUAAAACAGUAAUGGCACGUGGAUUACAUGCAAUUUUGCCUCCCAUUGAAGUAGUUGUUGGUUCUAUUGCAAAUGCAGACCCCGCUUUCCCCGAAGAGUGGGAAGAUGGCUUAGCUGAGCAAGCAGAAUAUGACUCUGAUAGUAACAUUAAGACUCAGAUCGUCAAAUCGCCUUUCGUUCAGAUUCCACUUGGAGUCACAGAGGACAGACUCAUUGGAUCUGUUGAUGUUGAGGAGUCUGUGAAAACAGGAACAACUGUUUUCCAGCCAGGGCUUUUGGCUGAAGCUCAUAGGGGUGUUUUAUACGUAGAUGAAAUCAAUCUUUUAGAUGAAGGCAUUAGUAAUUUGCUUCUUAAUGUCUUGACCGAAGGGGUGAAUAUUGUGGAAAGAGAGGGAAUCAGUUUUAAGCACCCAUGCAAGCCACUUUUGAUAGCUACAUAUAACCCAGAAGAGGGUGCUGUUCGUGAACACUUAUUAGAUCGUAUUGCCAUCAAUUUGAGUGCAGAUCUUCCAAUGACUUUUGAAGACCGUGUUGCAGCAGUUGGAAUUGCAACACAGUUUCAGGAGCAAAGUAAUGAAGUUUUCAGAAUGGUUCAGGAAGAAACAGAGUAUGCAAAGACCCAGAUUAUUUUGGCAAGAGAAUAUCUGAAGGAUGUUACGAUUAGCAGGGAGCAGUUGAAGUACCUGGUGAUGGAAGCUCUUCGAGGUGGUUGCCAGGGGCAUCGAGCUGAGUUGUAUGCUGCCCGUGUUGCAAAAUGCUUAGCUGCUUUGGAAGGACGUGAAAAGGUCAAUGUCGAUGACCUGAAAAAAGCUGUUGAACUGGUUAUUCUUCCUCGCUCAGUUGUCAAUGAGAACCCACCAGAACAGCAAAACCAACAGCCUCCUCCUCCACCUCCUCCACAAAAUCAGGACUCUGGGGAGGAGCAGAAUGAGGAGGAAGAUCAAGAGGAUGAAAACGAUGAAGAAAAUGAGCAACAACAAGAUCAAAUACCUGAAGAAUUUAUUUUUGAUGCUGAAGGGGGUUUGGUGGAUGAAAAACUCCUUUUCUUUGCACAACAAGCACAGAGACGACGAGGUAAGGCUGGAAGAGCAAAAAAUGUUAUAUUUUCAGAGGAUAGAGGCAGAUACAUUAAGCCCAUGCUUCCGAAGGGUCCUGUAAAGCGAUUAGCCGUUGAUGCAACCCUUAGGGCAGCAGCACCAUAUCAGAAAUUGCGUAAAGAGAAGAACACUCAAACAAGCAGGAAAGUUUUUGUUGAGAAAACUGACAUGAGGGCCAAAAGAAUGGCAAGGAAAGCAGGAGCACUGGUGAUAUUUGUGGUUGAUGCAAGUGGGAGCAUGGCAUUGAACCGUAUGCAAAAUGCUAAAGGCGCCGCUCUUAAAUUGCUGGCUGAGAGUUAUACAAGCAGAGAUCAGGUUUCCAUAAUUCCAUUCCGUGGAGAUGCUGCUGAAGUACUUCUGCCUCCUUCCAGAUCAAUUGCAAUGGCAAGAAAACGUCUUGAGAGGCUUCCAUGCGGUGGCGGUUCUCCCCUAGCUCAUGGUUUGACCACAGCCGUCAGAGUUGGGCUAAAUGCAGAAAAGAGUGGUGAUGUUGGCCGUGUAAUGAUUGUUGCAAUUACUGAUGGCAGAGCCAAUAUAUCACUGAAAAGAUCCACUGAUCCUGAAGCUGUUUCUGAUGCCCCUAGACCCUCGGCCCAAGAGUUGAAGGAUGAGAUUCUUGAGGUGGCUGGGAAAAUAUACAAGUCAGGGAUGUCGCUUCUUGUCAUCGACACAGAAAACAAGUUUGUUUCAACUGGUUUUGCCAAAGAAAUUGCAAGAGUUGCUCAAGGUAAAUAUUAUUACCUGCCAAACGCUUCAGAUGCUGUCAUCUCGGCUACAACUAAGGAGGCAUUAUCAGCUUUGAAAAAUUCAUGAUUUUUAGCUUUUUUAAUAUAUAUAUUUUUUUUAAUUUAUCAACCCAACAUGGGAUAUUGCCCUAUAAUUUUGGUUGUCAAAAUCUGCAAAAUAACUUGAACAAGCUGUACAUGUAUACUGUCUGUGUUUAAUCCCCUCUUGUUGUCAUCUUUUUGGCUGUGAGAAAAUUGUUGAGUUCCUGUUUCUUUA